UUGAUUCUUUCUCACAGCAUGGAGAAGCUGAAAUCAGUGAUCCCAGAAACCCUUAAGCACAAAAUCUCACACAGCACUGCCGCCGACCUCGAUUCUACUUGUUCUUCUCUGCUCGAUUUCUUCCAAAAUUUACCCCUGUUUCACCAGUUGGUCAGGGAUUUGACGGAUCCACAAGUGGCGCUGUGUGGAAAGAAUAAGGAAGCUGCGCUGGAAGCCAAGGCCAAAGGCAAUCAAUGCUUUACCAAUGGGGACUAUUCCAACGCGUUGCUCUUCUACUCUCAGGCGCUGCGCAGUGCCCCUAUGGAUGCUGAAGAUAAUGAGAAAAAUCUGGUUGCAACACUGUACCUCAAUCGUGCUUCCUCAUUACAUAAAUUGGGACUAUUUCUGGAAAGUCUGCAGGACUGCAACCGCGCCCUCAUUCUGUCUCCUGUGUAUGCAAAGACAUGGUUUAGGAGAGCUAAGGCCAAUUCUUCAUUGGGAAACUAUGAAGAGGCUAUCAAUGAUUUCGGUGUUUCCAUGGAGAUAGAGACAUCAUUGAGUGGAAAAAGACAGAUUGAAAAUGAGUUAAAUCAGUUAAUGGACCAAUCCAGGCUGAGAAGUAGUGUCAAAGAGAAACAACAUGAUGGCAGUGCAGAUGAACCACUUCAAGUAGAACUUCGAUGUGCUUCGACACCAAAUAAAGGAAGGGGGAUGAUUUCAUUGACCAACAUUCCUAUGGCUUCUUUAAUUUAUAAGGAAGAUCCUCAUGGUGCGAUUAUAUUGAAGCAUUGUCGGGAAACUCAUUGUGCUUUCUGCUUCAAUGAACUACAAGCAGAUACAGUACCAUGUGUCUCAUGUUCAAUUCCUUUGUACUGCUCUUUGAAAUGCCAAGUUCAGGCUGGAGGAGAGGAUUUUCUGAAGUAUAAGGCCGAAUAUGGAUUUAAACUGGACUUAUCUGAUGACCUGGAACGACAUAUAAGAAAUGUCACCUCACCUAGCUUUAGUAGUCCAGACGUCAAACAUUUUGCUGAACAUAGGCAUGAAUGUCAAGGCAUGCAUUGGCCUGCAGUUUUGCCUUCUGAUGUGGUUCUAGCUGGGCGGAUCAUUGUUAAACACAUUGAAGAACAGGCUUAUGGAGGCCUUGACCAUAAUGUUCAUAAGAUUCUGGAUCUUAGUCAGAAUUAUGGACAGCUUUCAUCUGACACCAAACUGGAGUUUCAUGUUUACUCUAUAAUUCUUCUGUGCUGUCUUCAGCGGUUUUAUGCCACAAAACUUCCUUUAAACUCAACGAUAACUUCAGAGAUUAUUAUGCUCCUCUCCAAAAUCCGGAUCAAUUCAAUGGCAGUUGUCCGAAUGAAAUAUUCAGAUGUAAAGCAGCCUCUAAAUUAUGAUCUAACAAGUUCUGUAGAACAGAUUGAGGUGGCUCAAGCUGUAUAUUCAGGCGGAAGUUUAUUUAACCAUUCUUGCGAGCCAAAUAUUCAUGCAUAUUUCCUUUCACGUACCUUGUUCAUGCGAGCAACAGAAAAUGUCACUGCAGGAUUAGAAAUGGAACUCUCAUAUGGCCCUCAGGUUGGGCAGUGGGAUUGCGGCAAGCGUCGUAGGUUUCUGAAAGAUAGAUACUCAUUUAUUUGUAAGUGCAGCGGUUGUGCACAAGUGAAUCUAUCUGAUCUUUUCCAUGGUGGUUAUCGGUGUACCAAGCCAAAUUGUGAUGGAGUUGUGCUGGAUAGUAGUGUUAUUAAACAUGAAAAGGAAAAGAUCAGACAUUGUGAAAGACUUAGCUGUUUGCAGGACAAUGUGCCAAGUGAUGAUAGCAUCAACAAGUUAGCUCAUUACAUGUAUGAGCAAACGGAUUACCACUGGCUUGAGCCAGGAUCUUGCUUGGUUUGUGCAACUUUUUGUGAUUUACAAGCAUCAAAGAAAUCAAUAAGCAAAGCUGAGGUCCAUAUCCAAAGGAUGAAGGAUGCAAUGACUUCUGGUGCUCUCACAACUAAUCUUCUUAUGGAUGCUUUGAGAUAUGUUGAUUUAGUACGAGCAAAAUUACAUCCUUUCAACAGAAGACUUGCUGAGGUGGAAGAUAACAUUGCACAAGCAUUUUGUUUGAUUGGAGAUCUACAAGCUGGAAUGGACCAUUGUCGAGCCUCAAUUGAGAUCCUGGAGAAGCUCUAUGGUGAAAGCCAUAUCGCCAUUGGAAACGAGCUGAUUAAACUAGCAUCCAUUCAGUUUUCCAUGGGCCAAGAAAUUUCGUCUGACUACACAACUCGGAUUGUUGCAAUAUUUUCUCGAUGCUAUGGAUCUCAUGCAGAGAUCAUAUUUCCUUAUGUGCGCUACCUUAAGAAGGAGAGCUGCAGAGUUGUUUGACCACUAGUUGGUCUUAUUUAUCUUUCUACAUGAGUUUAACGGCAUCUUCUGAAAAUGCAUCUGAUCUUGAAGUCAACUGGAACCGGAACUGUGGUCCAAACUGAACUUAGUUCUUUGAGGUUCCGGUUUGAUUCUAACUUGUCCGAAUUAUGUACCGACCGUUAAGGCUGGUACUAGAGGUGCUAAAAUAUGGAACUGGAACCGUGGUCCAAAUUGAACUUUGUUCCUUGAGGUUCUGGUUUGGCUCCAACUUUUCAGAAUCGUGUACUGACUGGUACUAGAGAUGCUAAAAAAUCAAAAUGGAACCUUGGUCCAAACUGAGCUUUGUUUUUUAGAUGCCAGUUUAGUUUCAACCUUUUCAGAAUCGUGUACUGACGGUUACGGCUGGUCUGAACCGAACCCGAGUCAGUGAACAUCUGUAAGCUCUCAAUCAAUUGCACAUGUGACUUGUGAGUCGUAUGUAGUCAUUAAUGAUAGGUAUGAUGUGUAUUUCCUGUCAAUUUGAUCUAUCAAAAUAGAAUUUUGUCAUACAUUGAUAAAUAUUACCCGCAGAGUGAUCAGGUUUGAGUA